AUGCCGGCAACAAUUAGACCUAUGAAAAAGACGGUAUCCUUCAGUAAGGAUGUAUCCAACAACAAUAACUUAGAAACUGAUUCUGAAUCCAAACAAUCACGUCCAUCAUAUUUGACAUUUGUUCCUCAAAUUAAAAACAAUUUAUUAGUUAUUCCAUUUCAUAAUAUAUUUAUACUUGUUGCGAUGUUUUAUUCUGGGUUAACUCAAGAUUUAGAAACGGUGAUGUGGAAAGGAUUUCUUACAAGUAUACCUAUACAAGUGAUUUAUAAUUACAUUAUUUAUAUCAAUUUAUUACCAUUGAAAAAAUCAACCAAAAAUGAUCUUAACAAUGGUUCAGUUAGUGAUAAUAAUGUUCCACUUUUAAUUGGAUCAAGUAUAUUUGUUAGUAUUGUAUUGUCAUUACCAUUGUUUGUUGUAAUUGUUUUAAUGGGUGCACCAGUUUAUAAAUAUUCAUUGAAAACAUUAUAUUUAUCAUUGCAUUUAUCCCAAUUAAUUUUCAACCCUUUAAUUAUAUUAUUCAAUUUGGAUGUCAAUAAGAUUAACAAAUUAUUCAAGCAAGAUCAUUUGUACCGGAUUAUUUUCCGUCAUUGUAUAUUAUCUAGUGUUUUGUUGACAUUGGGUGGUUGUUGGUUAGGAGUUAUACCUAUUCCUUUAGAUUGGGAUAGACCAUGGCAACAAUGGCCAAUUACAUUAUUGAUUGGUGGUUAUUUAGGUGGGGUUGUAGGUGGGGUCUUGUCGUUAAUUGUAAAUUACUUCUCCCACUCAGUUGAUCAAAAUUAG